AUGCCACCUAAGCGCAAGAGGUCCAACACGGCUGGCUCAGUCAAGAAGGACGCCAUGGACGUUGUACAACCAUCAUCCCGCGACGCGUCCGAUGAGGGCGCCGAGGACUCCGUCCUGCAGGAAGCCACGUCCAAGAAAGAGCGCCAGGCCGAGUCGUCCAGCGCGACGAAACGCGGACGCGCCGGAAACCCCAACGAAGACAGCGACGCCGAGGAUGACGACGAGCGCAUGAGCAAGAAGAGCAGGCGCUCCUCCGCCGACAAGAUUAAAAAUGGCGAGAACGGCGAGGCAAGCACAAUGCGCAUGGAAGCCCCCCCAGGCGCUGGUCUGACCGACCCCGCUGGCGGUUACAAGACCAACCCUCCCUCAUUAGACCGUCCUAUCCGAGUGUACGCAGACGGCGUCUUCGAUCUCUUCCACAUUGGCCACAUGCGCGCACUGCAGCAGGCCAAGAGCGCGUUCGCGCACCUGGCGCCCAACAACCCCCAGGUCGAGCUCGUAGUCGGCGUCACAGGCGACACUGAGACACACAAGCGCAAGGGUCUUACAGUGUUGUCGGCGAGAGAACGCGCUGAGAGUGUACGACACUGCAAGUGGGUUGAUGAGGUCAUUCCAGACUGCCCCUGGAUCGUCACAACCGACUUCCUCGAGAAGCACAAGAUCGACUAUGUCGCACACGAUGACCUUCCUUACGGCGCAGACGAGGGUGAUGACAUCUACGGCCCUAUCAAGGAGAAGGGCAUGUUCCUGGUUACCCAGCGAACCGAAGGCCUGAGCACAACGGGCAUCAUAACUAAGAUUGUCCGCGAUUACGACCAGUACAUUGACCGCCAACUGAAGCGCGGCACAUCGCGCAAGGAGCUGAACGUCUCCUGGCUCAAAAAGAACGAGCUCGACCUCAAGCGCAACAUGGUCGAGUUCCGCGACAGCAUCAAGGCCAACUGGGCCACUACCGGCCAAGAACUCACAAAGGACUUCCGCCAGUUCUGGCAAUCGAGUCGUCCCGCCAGCCCGGCCAGGACACCUACACGUGAGCACUCGAAUGCCAUGGAGCAGGCUGCAGCAGAUGCACGAUCGCCAUCUGCUUUGUCAAGGCUCAGUCAUUUGGAUAUCCCACGCGCGAGCAAUGCGGAGAGGGGAAGUUCAGAGUUCACAGCUGGUUACAACUUGGGUCUGAUCGGUGGUGUAAGGGCAUGGAUGGCUAGGAGCCGCCGCAACCUCAACGACAGCAGACCGCAGAGCCCAUCGAACAGCAGUGAAGACGAGCGCGAAGACCGUAGCCCGCAAGCUGAACCCCGCCGUGGACGUAGCGGCAAGAAGAACGAUGACUUGGACAUCGAGGCUUAG